AUGGCCCAGGAAUCCACGACUGCCCGGCCACCAUCACCACCUCGUUCCCCAGACGGACACUACGGUCAGGCCGCCGACGACCAAGUGCCAGCACCUCCCACAAUCAAGCCACAGCCUUACACACCGCCAAUGCCUGCAUCAUCGUUCAUGUCAGACAUGACGUCUCAACCAGCAUACGACCCAUACGGUGACCCAUCCUUAUAUCACACAGCACCAGCACCUAUCUACUACGCGCCACAACAAACACUGGUCACAUCGGUUCCAUCGCAUACUCCUCCUCAGAACAUAGGAGUCCUCACCCGCAGCGGUCGAGCGAUCGGUACACCAUCAAGUCCAGCUACCACUGAAUCGUCACGGGCGUCACAAUCUCCGAAGUCUCGACGGAAUUUGAGAAAGAAGGCCAGCAACAAAAAAGGAGGACCCGUGAUCGAACAGCCACUGAGUCUGCUGACGAAGGAUUAUAAGACGCCGAUGCGGGACAUGGGAUUGUGGGUCCAUCGGUCGGUGGAAGAACGGUUAGCAGAGGUUGAGAAGAAGAAAGGCUACGUCUCCAGACCAAUGAACUCCUUCAUGCUGUACCGUUCUGCAUACGCCGAGCGGGUAAAGCAAUUUUGCAAGGAGAACAACCACCAAGUCGUGUCGCAGGUGACCGGCGCAAGCUGGCCUCUUGAACCGAAGGAGAUCAGGGAGCUGUACGAGCAAUAUGCGAUCGCGGAAAGAGACAACCAUGCCAUUGCUCAUCCAAAUUACAAGUUUGCUCCCAACAAGGCAGGGAAGAGGACAAGGAACGACGACGACAGUGACAGUGAUCCAGAAUGGGAAGGAUCGGUCAAAGGCUCCAAGCGGAGUCGCAGUGCUCGCCGAUUCGAGAGCAGGAGCGCUUCAUCGACGCCCUUCGACGACAGACCAGCAGUCUAUCACCGGACGAUGCCGGCCCAGCACCAUCUGUCAGGUUAUGAGAUGAGCAACCCAUAUGGGCAACCUCAAAUCAUGUUCAGCUCCAACGGCAUGGUGGGUGACUAUUUUCAGACCGCGGCUACCGUUGGACCAUAUGAACAAGUGGCCGAUCUUGCAUAUCGAAGGAUUGAAGAGCCCUUUCCGGGGUAUCCGACGAGCAUGGGGUUGGUGGGACUGCCACAUACGGAGCACCGCGAUCUUUUGACAACAUACGCUGCGCCUCAGCCGAUGGCAAUUUCGGUCCAGAAUGACAUGCUUGAUCCUCGACUUGGACAGGUCGAUGCAAAUUAUCAGGUCGUGUAUUAUGAAGAAGGCGCCGAACCUGGGCAGGAGAUCCCAAGGACAAUUGCAUAUGAUUCGGGCCUGAAACUGGACAUGGGUUAUGAACCUGAAUCUUAUCAUCUAGGCCUGGCGACACUGACGGGAGAACAUGGUGCAUGGGCAGACUCGGGCCAAGCUGGCUCAGACUUUGAGGCCGAGUUCCAGAGGAUGACUUGA